UAUUGGAGACAUUUCGGCAGCCAUCUUGGUUUCAAAGUUUGGUCGUGUAAGUAGUUCGGCUUCAGGUUUGCAGCCACUAUGACGGCAAAACGACUCACGACAACAUCUAUAAAUUGGGCUCUGCUUGGAGACAAGAUGUCCAAGUAUGGGUCUAAAGGCACAGAUUACGUCAGGGCAUUUAAACAAGUCAAUGACAAGCAUCUUGUAAGAGUAAGCAGCCUUCCAGAAAGUAUGCCAGAAAUCGACUUCAAUUACUACAAGGAAAAUGUUGCUCUUCCAGGAUUUGUGGAGAAACUAGAAAAAGAGUAUAAGGCUCUGAAAAUACCGUAUCCCGAAGACAGACACAAUGUUUUGGAGACAAUUUCUAAGAAUGAAGCAAAAUCUAAAGCUGAUAUAGAAAAAUUACAAAAGGUUGCGGAUGCAUUUAUAUACCAGGCAGAAAGAGAUAUCAAGGCUCUCAGCAUACUGCCCAAGGUUGAAGAAAUGCAGAAUGACAUGCUCUUCGAAUAUUUUCCGCAGCUGUACAAUGAUUAUGUCAAUGAUCCACAAAUGGCACCUUUCCGUUAUUUUGAUCAAGAUAAAUGUGGUGAUGAUGUUCUGUUCCGUACACAAGAAGAUUUUGAGCACUUUGUUCAUGAUCAUUAAUCAUCACAGUUUUUACAAAAGACUUUGAAAUGGAGCUGUAAUGUCAUGGUCGUGAGUGAUGUAGAAACCAGCUUUUGAUUUUUUUUGCAAAGAAUUGAUUGGAUACUUGAUAAAUAAAGCAAAAGGUUCUCUUGUGACACACUUUCCCAUCAAGUUACUGACUGAGGAUUUAAGUACAAUAUCUGCAGAACUGUAUCUUAACAGACACUAUGAUAAAAUGCUGGACAAGUGUUUUAAAUAAUUUACAGUUGGUUUUUGAAAGUGUGACAAGCUUGUGAUGUUAUUCUCAGACUUAAAAUAAAUAGAAAACAUUGCAUAUAA